AUGUGGCUUCUCCUUCUGGUCCUGACCUCCCUCGCCACUUCCACAGCUUGGGGACAGCCUCCCUCACUGCCUGUUGUGGACACCGCGCAGGGCAGAGUUCUGGGAAAAUAUGUCAGCUUAGAAGGUUUUGCACAGCCUGUGGCCGUUUUCCUGGGAAUCCCUUUUGCCAAGCCCCCUCUUGGAUCCUUGAGGUUUGCUCCGCCGCAGCCUGCAGAACCAUGGAUCUUCGUGAAGAAUACCACCUCUUACCCUACCAUGUGCUCCCAAGACCCAGCGGCGGGGCAGAGGCUCUCAGAGCUCUUUACCGACAGAAAGGAGAACAUUAAUCUCAAGUUUUCUGAAGACGGUCUUUACCUAAAUAUUUACACUCCUGCUGACCUGAGGAAGAGAAGCAGGCUGCCAGUGAUGGUGUGGAUCCACGGAGGAGGUCUGAUGUUGGGCGGGGCAUCAACCUAUGAUGGGCUGGCCCUCUCUGCCCAUGAAAACGUGGUGGUGGUGACCGUUCAGUACCGCCUGGGCAUCUGGGGAUUCUUCAGCACAGGGGAUGAACACAGCCGGGGGAACUGGGGUCACUCGGACCAGUUGGCCGCACUGCACUGGGUCCAGGAGAACACUGCCGACUUUGGAGGGGAUCCAGGCUCUGUGACCAUCUGUGGAGGGUCAGCAGGAGGGGAAACUGUCUCUAUUCUUGUGUUAUCUCCCCUGGCCAAGAAUCUCUUCCACCGGGCCAUCUCUGAGAGUGGUGUGGCCCUCACUUCUAUCCUGGUCAAGAAGGACAUGAAGGCUGCAGCUAAGGUAGGUCUCACACUGGACUGUCCCCACACCCUUUGCUCUGCUCUCCUGGAGUUGUCAGGGGUCUUUCUUGCUAGCUUUCCUUUCCCGCCCACCGUGCUUGACGGAGUGCUGCUGCCAAAGACGCCCGAAGAGAUUCUGGCUGAAAAGAAUUUCCACCCCGUUCCCUACAUCGUGGGAAUCAACAAGCAGGAGUGUGGCUGGAUUCUGCCGAUGUUCAUGGGCUACUCAUUCUCUGAAGGCAAGCUGGACCAGAAGACGGCCACAUCACUCGUGUGGAAGUCCUACCCCAUCCUUAACAUCCAUGAGGAACUGACUCCAGUGGCUACUGACAAGUAUCUAGGAGGGACGGAGGACCCUGCCAUAAAGAAAGACUUGUUCCUGGACUUGAUUGCAGAUGGGAUGUUUGGUGUCCCAUCUGUGAAUGUGGCCCGUCGCCACAGAGAUGCCGGAGCCCCCACUUACAUGUAUGAGUUCCAGUAUCGCCCAAGCUUCUCAUCAGAGAUGAAACCCAAGACGGUGACAGGGAACCAUGGGGAUGAGCUCUUCUCAGUCUUCGGGGCUCCAUUUUUGAAAGAUGGUGCCUCAGAAGAGGAGACCAAUCUCAGCAAGAUGGUGAUGAAAUUUUGGGCCAACUUUGCUCCGAACGGGAAUCCCAACGGGGAGGGGCUUCCCCCUUGGCCAGUAUAUGACCAGAAAGAAGGGUACCUUCAGAUUGGCAUCACCACCCAGGCAGCCGAGAAGCUGAAAGACAAGGAAGUGGCUUUCUGGAACGAGCUCCUGUCCAAGGAGGUGGCAAAGAAGCCACCCCAGUUAAAACAUGCUGAGCUGUGA